GAAAUAAUGUCUGUCGUACAAUUUGAUUCAGAAACAUGAACAUCUUCAUUUUUGGUCUUCUGUUCACCAGCCUCGCCGCUGUAUUCGGCUCGCCGGUUCCAUCUAGUGAAAAUCGAAUCGUCGGCGGCAGAAAUGGAACGAUCGAAGAAGUUCCUUACCAGAUUUCCUCUUUGCUUGACGGCAGCCACAACUGCGGUGGUUCCAUCAUUAACGAGUUCUGGAUUGUUUCGGCUGCGCACUGCUUCCAACGAGACUUUAGCCGCUACUCCGUCCGAAUCGCAAGCACAUGGCGGAAUGCAGGUGGGAUUAUUCAUCAACUAGAUCAAAUCAUAAAUCAUCCAAAUUACAGCAGCCCCGUGACUUAUGCCAAUGACAUUGCUCUCCUCAAGGUAAAAGAACCGAUGGAUUUUUCGGCUCAGGUUCAGCCCAUUCCUUUGCCUCAACAAUACGAAAUGGUCCCAGAAGGUGAAUUUAGCACUAUCUCUGGCUGGGGAACUAUUCGUUGGCUUGUGGGUCCCGCAGCUGACAUUGUUCAAAUCGCCGAAGUUCCUGUAACCUCACCGGAAUAUUGCGCGACUGCUUAUGGCCAAAGCUGGAUUACCGACGACAUGUUGUGCGCUGGUUAUCCCGAGGGUGGCAUCGAUGCUUGCCAGGGCGAUUCUGGCGGCCCGUUGGUAGUCCAUGGAGUUCUCCAUGGUGCCGUUUCCUGGGGCAGCGGAUGCGCGCUUGCUGGUUACCCUGGAGUCUACGCCAGAGUUUCCUACUUCCGCGACUGGAUCAGGGAAAACACUGGAAUGUAGGAUAGGGAUCGCCGAAUUAUGUCAUAUUUACUGUUAAUAAAUCGUUACUCAAUUCAAGUGUAUUGUCACACUUUGCGAACGAUUAAUGCGCCUCGCAAUACUGGAAUUUAAUUGAUAUUAUUGUGUGAUGUUGUGUUCGUCGUAAAAUAAUGUCAAGGGCGUCCAGUGUACAUAUUAUACGACAGCUACAGUAUAUACAACAGUUAUGAAACCGCAUCGAUACUCUAAAGACUUGAAAAAAUACCUCUGUUAUGAUCGAUGAUAGCUGAAAGUCAUAAACGAUGAUUGAUACGUCUGUAUCAAACAGCCCGACCAAGAACUUUUAAUGUUAAAAUUAUUCGAUCGAGUUCCAGGCGUUUACUUUCAUUCAACAACGCAAAAAUGUAUAUCAGAUUGUUACUGUUGAUUUUUAUAU